GAACCGCGGAGCGUCUGGAGCUCUAUUCAGCAUUUUCUCCUGAAACCUGAACCGAAACAAACAAGCGGCAACAUGGUUGAGUGGACUGAACAAGAGCGAUCCAUCAUCACCGGCAUCAUGACCGGCCUGGACUACGACGACAUCGGCUCCAAGGCUCUCUGCAGGUGUCUGAUCGUCUACCCAUGGACUCAGAGGUACUUCGGUGCCUUCGGUAACCUCUACAAUGCUGAAGCCAUCAAGAGCAACCCCCAAAUCGCAGCUCAUGGCGUCAAAAUCCUGCACGGGCUGGACCGGGCCUUCAAGAACAUGGACAACAUCAAGGAAACCUACGCCGAACUGAGCGUGCUGCACUCUGAGAAGCUGCACGUGGAUCCCGACAACUUCAGGUUGCUGGCCGACUGUUUGACCAUCGUCAUCGCAGCCAGGAUGGGAAAUGCAUUCAAUGCUGACACUCAGGCCGCCUGGCAGAAGUUCUUGUCUGUGGUGGUGUCCGCUCUGGGAAGACAGUACCACUAAACUGCAUCUUGCAUUUGGGAUUCGACGUGUGUUGUCAUAUGUUUGUCUCCCGAGGAAAGCAAUAAAGGGCCCACUGAAGCAAUA